CUGUCCUUAGCGGCGUGGGCGUGGCUUGGCAGGGGAAGCAGGUCCAGCCGGCGAAGAGGCAGCCGCCGUCUUUGAGGUGAAGGAAGCAAGGAGGAAGAAAAGUGAGAAGUCCCCGUCUUGUGAGCGGUCGAGGGAAUACUACAAUUCUAUGGCAACUUACCUAGAAUUUAUCCAGCAAAACGAAGAGCGUGAUGGAGUUCGUUUCAGCUGGAACGUAUGGCCCUCCAGCAGACUGGAGGCCACCAGAAUGGUUGUUCCAUUGGCUUGUCUUCUAACACCCUUGAAAGAACGGUUAGAUCUGCCACCUGUCCAGUAUGAGCCUGUUCUAUGCAGUAGACCAACCUGCAAAACUGUUCUCAAUCCACUUUGUCAAAUUGAUUACCGAGCCAAGCUUUGGGCUUGUAAUUUUUGCUUUCAGAGAAACCAGUUUCCUCCAGCAUAUGCAGGCAUAUCCGAAGUGAAUCAGCCAGCGGAGCUCAUGCCGCAGUUUUCCACGAUAGAAUAUAUAGUCCAGCGUGGCCCUCAGACACCCCUGAUCUUUCUGUAUGUGGUGGACACAUGUUUGGAAGAGGAGGACUUACAAGCUUUGAAAGAAUCCUUGCAAAUGUCUUUAAGUUUGCUCCCUCCUGAUGCUCUUGUGGGCUUGAUUACCUUUGGUCGAAUGGUUCAAGUUCAUGAACUGAGCUGUGAAGGGAUCUCCAAAAGUUAUGUUUUUAGAGGAACUAAAGAUCUGUCAGCAAAACAAAUACAGGAUAUGUUGGGUCUUUCAAGGCCUGCCGUACCUACUCAGCAAGGGAGACCUCCUCAGUCCCAAGAAUCACCUCUCAUUUCUAACAGAUUUUUGCAGCCUGUUCACAAGAUUGACAUGAACAUGACAGAUCUUCUAGGAGAACUGCAAAGAGAUCCCUGGCCAGUUACUCAGGGAAAGAGACCCUUGCGAUCCACUGGAGUAGCUCUGUCAGUUGCUGUUGGACUAUUAGAGGGAACAUUUCCAAAUACUGGAGCUAGAAUAAUGAUGUUUACUGGAGGGCCACCAACUCAAGGGCCAGGCAUGGUGGUAGGAGAUGAGCUGAAAACUCCAAUCCGUUCUUGGCAUGAUAUAGAGAAAGACAAUGCACGAUUCAUGAAGAAAGCUAUGAAACAUUAUGAAGCACUGUCUAAUCGUACUGCUGCUAAUGGACACUGCAUUGAUAUUUAUGCAUGUGCUCUUGAUCAGACUGGUCUUCUGGAGAUGAAGUGUUGUACAAAUAUAACUGGGGGUCACAUGGUGAUGGGAGAUUCUUUCAAUACUUCUCUCUUCAAGCAAACUUUCCAGAGAGUGUUUAGCAAAGAUCUCAGUGGAGAAUUCCGAAUGGCUUUUGGAGCAACUCUAGAAGUGAAGACUUGUAGAGAACUGAAGAUAGCUGGAGCUAUUGGACCAUGUGUAUCCUUAAAUGCCAAAGGGUCAAGUGUUUCUGAAAAUGAGCUUGGGAUAGGUGGCACGUACCAAUGGAAAAUUUGUGGUCUUGACCCCACCAUGACUCUUGCCAUUUAUUUUGAAGUAGUAAACCAGCACAAUGCUCCAAUACCUCAGGGUGGCAGAGGAGCAAUCCAGUUUGUUACACAUUAUCAGCAUUCCAGUACACAGAGACGCAUUCGUGUGACUACUGUUGCUAGAAAUUGGGCAGAUGCACAGAGUCAGUUACAGCACAUUGAAGCUGCAUUUGACCAAGAAGCAGCUGCUGUCCUGAUGGCUCGACUGGGUGUCUACAGAGCUGAAUCAGAGGAAGGGCCUGAUGUCUUGCGAUGGCUGGACAGGCAACUAAUUAGACUUUGCCAGAAGUUUGGACAAUACAGCAAGGAUGAUCCAAAUUCUUUUAGACUGUCUGAUUCAUUCUCUUUGUACCCCCAGUUCAUGUUCCAUUUGCGACGAUCUCCAUUCCUUCAAGUAUUCAAUAACAGUCCAGAUGAAUCUUCCUAUUACCGUCAUCACUUUGCCAGGCAGGAUUUGACGCAGUCUCUUAUUAUGAUUCAGCCUAUACUUUAUUCUUACUCAUUCUAUGGACCUCCUGAGCCUGUGCUAUUGGAUAGCAGCAGCAUUCUUGUUGACAGGAUCCUGCUGAUGGACACUUUUUUCCAGAUAGUUAUCUAUCUUGGUGAGACUAUUGCCCAGUGGCGUAAAGCUGGCUAUCAAGAUAUUCCUGAAUAUGAAAACUUCAAGCACUUACUGCAGGCUCCGUUGGAUGAUGCUCAAGAAAUCCUACAGACAAGAUUCCCAAUGCCGCGCUAUGUUAACACAGAGCAUGGAAGCAGCCAGGCACGGUUUCUCCUAUCUAAAGUGAACCCUUCUCAGACGCAUAAUAAUCUCUAUGCAUGGGGACAAGAAUCUGGUGCUCCAAUCCUAACAGAUGAUGUUAGUCUACAAGUAUUCAUGGACCAUCUGAAAAAACUGGCUGUAUCGAGUGCAUCCUAAUUUUGAUACUAAAGUCUCAAAAGUAAAUAAUCUUAUUGAAUCAUGCUGCUGAUAGAUUACAAUCUACCAAGAAACUAAUAUUCCUUUUCCUCUUUUGAAUCAAACUUUUAAUUAGCCCAUAUAAAAAAGGGAAAUUUUACAUUUUAGAUUUAACUUAUUGAUACACUUGUCUUUAUUCUGCUAAUUCUUCAUUUUCAUGUUGUUAUACCAAGAUUACAAUCUCCAUUUGUACUGUCCUGUGUAGUUCAUUUUUCUGCUCUUAUAACUAAGCAAAAUAAAAUUUGAGAACAGUGUUAAU